CGAUAAAACGCACACAGGACUCUGGGAUAUCCGCGUGCCUGGUGGAAAAAUCAAACAAAAAGUGGUCCGUUUAUUUUCAAACACCACGUGUUAACAUAAGUUUUGUGGAUUUGACUUUCAACGUUUGCUUGCCAGAAACAAGUCGGGGUGGGCGUUACCAGGGGGUCGUUGUUUCUUUUUCUAGUCUCCCUUAAAGAGGAUGAAGCGCGCGGGGAGGAAACGGAGCUCCGCGUGGGACUACUUUGAACAAGUGGGAGCGAACUUGGUCCGCUGCAAGAACUGCGACGCCGAGCUGAAGUACAGCGGCGGAGCCACCAGCGCCAUGAUCUCCCACAUGGUCGCCAAGCACCACGUGUCCGUCCCCCCGCGGGACAGGGACGAGGCGCCGGCGGCAUGGACCGCUCCGGCGGACGCCGAGGAGGAGCGUGCUUCGAACCCGGAGGCGACGCAGCAGGACGCCGCCGCCGCGGAGCGGGACACCCCGGAGAGGAAGCGAAACAAGCGGAGCUCCGUGUGGGACGUCUUCGUCAGAGUGGACGAGGAGGUCCACUGCAAACUUUGCGACACUCGGCUGAAAUACAUGAGCAGCACGACCAGCAUGAUAUACCACAUUAGAAACAAGCACACGGAGAGCCCGCAGAGCAACAGCGUGGCGGCGCCCACGCACGCAGGGGUAACGGAGCUCAUCCGCAGGAUGAUAGAGAGGGACUUGCUUCCCAUCGGCGUGGUUGAAGGGGAAGGCUUCAGAGAGCUGCUGACGCACGUUGUGCACAAGUAUAGCGUGCCCCCUGCUGGCGAGAUCCGGCGCAGCAUCGAGUGCCAUUACCAGGAGAAGGCAGAGGAUCUGAGGCUGCAGCUGGCUAAAGUGGACCAAGUGGCUCUCACCGCUGAUUUCUGGACAGCCGUGCCACUUCAGAAGUACGCCACUGUUUCCUGUUCAUUCAUAACGGAGGACUGGCAGGGGAAGUCAGCCGUGCUCCAAACGCACCAGCUGUCAUCAGGGGGCCGACUGACUGCAGAGGGAGUCUCAGACAUGCUUUCCUGUGCGGCGCAGGCCUGGGGGAUUGAAGGAAAAGUUUCUGCGUGCGUGCACAACAACAGAGAAGGCGUCCUGUCGGCCCCAAGGGACGCCCACGCCGCCUGGGGUUACGUCUCCUGCUUCGCCCGCGUGCUGCAGCUGGCGGCGUCUGAUGGGCUGAGCGGGGAUGUUCUCCGGAUCGUCGGCGCGGCGGGGAGGCUGGUCCGGCACUUCGGCCACAGCCCGCCGGCGGGGGAGGCCCUGGAGCAGAAGCAGGCGCAGAUGUGCCUACCGCAGCGCAAGCUGGUCCGGUCGGACAAAGCGAGGUGGGACACGGUCUGCGACAUGUUCCAGUGCCUGCUGGAGCAACGGUGGGCGAUCAAAGCCGUCCUGUCCGACCGCACCGUCACCAGCAAGCAUGAGGCGCGGGCCCUGGAGAUUGGCGACGACUGCUGGCAGGUGAUGGAGAACUUCGCGCCGGUGCUGGCAACUCUGAAAUGGGCGACGACGGUCAUAUCCGCCGAGACAGAGGUGUCCAUCUCCAACAUUUACCCCAUAACCUUCAGCCUCAUCCACACGCAUCUGGUUCCAAAAGAGAGUGACGUGGAACAAGUGUCCAGCUUCAAGCUUAAAGUGCAGAAGUCUCUAAAAGAACACAUGGAGGUGGACUCCGGUGAUUUGGCCUCCAAACCGGCUCUGAUCGCCUCCAUGCUGGAUCCUCGCCACAAGCACCUCAGCUUCCUGACGCCGACGGGGAGACUGGCCGCCAAGGCGAAGCUGCAUGAGCUGGUGUCGCAGCUGGACGCCGCCGUGGCGAACCCCAAAGACGAAGAGCAGGAGAUCUUGGUCACGCCGGACGUCAGCCGGGCGGCCGGAGCCACAGCGGCGACCGGCGACACAAAGAACACCAUGAUGUUGCUCCUGGGAGACAACUACAGCUCGUCUUACGCCACCGACGCCGAGGCUCAGGUGGAUUACUACCUGAGAGACAUCGUCCCCUCGCUGGACAUAAACCCCCUGGACUGGUGGAGGCUCAACGGGCCGCGGUUUCCCAAACUGGCCGUUCUGGCGAGGCGUUACUUGUGCAUACCGGCCGUGUCGCUGCCGUCUCUGCUGUCGGACGCGGGCCGGCGCUUCGCGACGAUGCGGACGAGGCUGAGCCCAGAGGACGUGAACAUGCUGGUCUUUAUGCACGUUAAUGCGUCGCCUUAGCACGGCGGCCACGUGCUGAGCUUCUGGUGCUCAGACUGCACAAUCCAGGUGUUACGGGAGCUGCCGGAGACGAACUGAAAAAUAAUUUUAAGUCAGAAUUUGGUGAAAAACGCUAAUUAUGAACCCAUAGUCUGAGUUUAGAAUGAUCCCCCCCCCCUUUUGUCCCUAAUGUCUCUUAUGGAUUAAAUGUUCUGGGGGAAAUAAUGGAAUACAAUGUUUUCAGAGCAUCAUGGCUGCUGACCGUACCAACAUGAUGGUGUAACCGUUUA